AUGGAGGAAACGAAGCUGAGGGUAUUGACCCUGAACGUCUGGGGACUCAAGUUCAUCUCCCCGGACCGACCUGUUCGAUUGCAAGGGAUCAUCGACCAUAUUCGACAACCAGUCUCCGGGAGUCGCGGUGUCGAGAGCAAGAGCGACAUCGCGUACGAUGUUGUCUGCUUGCAAGAACUCUGGAUCUACAGCGAUUUUGAAAAGGUCAGAGAUGGGCUAGAAGAGGUCUUGCCAGAGUCAAAGUUCUUCAGAAGCGGAGCUCUCGGUUCGGGUCUUGCCAUCUUUUCACGUUUCCCGAUCAUCUCGACCCAUACCCUGCCAUACUCGUUGUCCGGUCUGCCGCUGCAUGUCAUCGCUGGCGAUUUCUUCGUGAACAAGGCUGCGGGGAGCUGCGUUUUAUUGCAUCCCAAGUUGGGAGAAGUCGAGGUCUGGAGUACUCAUAUGCAUGCUGCCAAUGAGGGUUCAGAGAUCGUCCAAGCUCACAGAAUGGCACAAGCCUGGCAAUUGGCUGAUCACAUCCGAGCGUCGGCAGAACGGGGAAGAUAUGUCAUCGCUGCUGGAGACUACAACUCGUCGCCCUGGUCUUUACCCAUCGCCAUCCUUAAGGACUAUGGCUGCAUGCUGGACAGCUGGACUGAGGCGCACCCCGCAGCUAGUCUCAGGACAGAAAACCCGCAGUCGGCUGAAGAUGCCAUCGAGUCUUUCGGCAUGACGUGUGAUUCCCCUAUCAACUCGUACUCGGCCGGGAAACCCUUGACGGAUACGGCCAAGCAAUGGAAGGGUAAACGGCUGGACUACAUCUUCUACAGAGGGCCUGACAUCGCUAGACGACGACCUCUCCAGUGGAAAUUCAAGCGAGACCGAGGGCACGACCAGACGCACGACGAAGGUGACGGCGACGUAUUACAGCAGGGAGAACCCAUUUCGAGCUCGAUGAACAAGGCGCCAACGUUGACCUGCAACUCGAGUCGGGUUGUCCUGACUGGUCUGGUACCAGGUCAAAGCUUUUCAUACUCGGAUCACUUUGGACUUUGCUCGACCUUUACCGUCGUGCCGGCCGAUCCGAAAAGUGACCCGGCCGUCGAAUCAGACGUACCGCAGAAUCGCCCACUGCCGGCCGGAAGUAGCAACAACACAUCGACCUCGGAACCGCUCGUCACCCUCGACCUGGACGAAGCUCAAGCCAGUUACAACUGGUCGCCGGCUCACGUCUCGCCUCGAACCCACAACCUGUCGGCCACCAAGACGCAGACCAUCAAUUCCGCUGUGCAGACUCUCAAGGCCUAUACCAUACUGGCGCGCAAGGACGCCCGGUUUCACCUUCGCAUUUUCGGAACUUCGAUCUUCUUCGCGCUAGCCCUUACGAUCUCUUCUGCUUGGCAACCCAAGUCUUGGAUCCAGCCGAUCUGGACUUUGCUAGGCGUUGCGGCUGGAGCGCUUGGCGCGACCAUGUUAUACGUCGGUUUCGUUUGGGGCGAAUGGGAACAGAACCUCUUGAUGGAGGUCACGGAGCAGAUGGAGCUUGAGCUACGAGUGUCGGAGCUGGAGGAAAAGGGCGGUUCGCCUUGA